AUGUCCCGUAUCUUCCCUCUGCCUGUACGUCAUGAUCAUCCACAUCAUCAUCGUCGUCAAGGUCAUUCUGUGCCCCAACUCCCACUCCUUCUUCUCCUUCUGCUUGCUUUGACUUUUGUUUCUGUCCCAUCGGGGGCGGUGCGCUUUGUGCUGCGCGACACCACCCCCGUUUGUUUUGUGGAGGAGGUGGACGAUGCGACGCGGGUGGUGUCUGGCGAGUACACCCGCACGGGCGCCAACACCAACGUGCCGGCGACGAUCAUCGUGUCGGACCCGAGCGGCAACGAGAUCUCCAACAGUCCGUUGGCCCCCGGCGCCCACGCCUUCACGGCCCCCGUCUCGAACGGGAUGGUCGGGCCGUAUCUCAUCUGCGUGCAGGUCGCCCAGCGGGGGUGGGUGGCGCCCCAGACCGGCAGCGACGCCAUCGUCCUCGACUUCAACGCCGACCAGUCGUCCAGGACCGCCGUCAAGCCGGAGGUCCCCGUCACCCGCCAACGCAUUGACGGGAUGGAAGUCUUCACUUUCCGCGACUUUGGGGGACAGCAGAAGGAUAUGCUCCGCCCAGCAGAGUACAUACACGGCGUCGAGAAGGCACUCAACAUACUCGAUACUCUCGUCGAAGAGACAAAGGAUGAAAUUGAUCACCUUAUGGGACGUUUUGCGCGUAUGCGGCGUACCUCGGAGAGCACCUACACACGCAUUUGGGCCUUCGGUAUCCUCACUGCCACGGUUAUGAUAGGCGUCACCUGGCUACAGUUUCGCUUCCUCAAAUCUACGCUCCGACACAAGAAGUUGGUGUAG